AUGAGAGAACAGCAAAACUGUUUUCGCAAUCCUCAACUAAAUUCCCGCCCUUUUUCCUCCGCAGCUCCACGGCCUCCCAAGCCGCUGCAGCCCGCGCCACUCUCUUCCGCGGCCUCGACGCCGCCUCCGCGCCAGCACCGCCGCGGCCUCACCAGCCGCUGCCGCCCGCGCUCUUCCCCUCCGCGGCCUCGACGCCGCCUCCGCGCCUCCCCGCGGCCUCACCAGCCGCCGCCCGCGCCACUCCGCGGCCUCGACGCCGCCUCCGCGCCAGCGCCGCCGCGGCCUCGCCAGCCGCCGCCCGCGCCACUCCGCGGCCUCGCCGCCGCCUCCGCGCCAGCGCCGCCGCGGCCUCGCCAGUCGCCGCAACCCGCGCCCUUCCCCUCCGCGGCCUCGACGCCGCCUCCGCGCCAGCGCCGCCGCGGCCUCGCCAGCCGCCGCCGCCCGCGCCCUUCCCCUCCGCGGCCUCGCCGCCGCCUCCACGCCUCGCCGCGGCCUCGCCAGCUGCCGCCCGCGCCACUCCGCGGCCUCGACGCCGCCUCCGCGCCAGCACCGCCGCGGCCUCACCAGCCGUCGCUGCCAGCGCCCUCCCCCUCCGCGGCCUCGACGCCGCCUCCGCGCCAGCGCCCUGCGGCCUCAACAGCCGCUGCCGCCCGCGCCCUUCCCCUACGCGGACUCGUCGCCACCUCUCCUCACGCCCCUCCGGGACCACUGCGGGUCCACCCGCGGCCGUCCAUCAUGGCUCACGCCACACCCUCCCCCUUCCCUCCUCCUAUUGAUACCUCCUCUAUCGAUAAGCUGCAGCUCGCCGCGGACAAAUCCGCCGUCAACUGGCACUCCUUCAUCGGCAGCAUUCGUCGAGUUCUCUCCGAUGCAUGGGUUCCCCCCUACCGCGUCCUUGACGUCAUCCUCCGCCGUCCCCAUGCUCUCCCCCCCACCGCUCCUGACCACCCCGGCGAGACCCCUCCUCUCCCUCCCUCUCCUGGCGAUCCUCCUCGUGAACCCGACCUCCAACUCACCGUCGACCAAGCCACCGCUGAUGCAGACUUCAUCUUACGACGCGGUGCAUACCUUAUCCGCAAAGCUGAGUACGAUGCAGCAGUUGAAGCCUAUGACCAGGCGGUUGCUGGCCGCAAUGCUCAUCUUGCCGUCGUCGCCAAAUACCACGACGACCUGGCUACCUUUACCCCAAACCUCAUCGCCUGGACAGCUGCUGACACCCGCGCCUGCACCGUUCUCCUCGGUGCUCUCCCUGACUCCCUUAUGCGCCGCUUCCAGGCUCGAGAACUCCGUGCCUCGGUCAUUUGGGCAGAACUCCAUGCCAUGUUCGAACGCCGCGACAUCGGCUCGGUUGGCAUCCUCUUUCAAGAGUACUUUUCAAUCACCCUCGCUACAUGUGACGGAGCGGUUGACUAUGUCGGACGUAUGCGAGAAGUAGCUGAUCGCCUCGAAGCCCGCCAGGCUGGCCUCUCCGAACCCCUCCAAAUCCAUCGCCUCCUGUUUAACCUCACCCCAGACUAUGAAUCACGCCUUCACGCCUUUACCGAAGCCAAUCCCAUGGCCGAUCUCGCCUCCGUUGAGCAGUGGAUCAUAGACACCGAAGUCAAACUUCGCACCCCCAUUGUCAACCUCGCCUCCUCCCAACCCUCCUCCUCCUCCCUCAACGCUACCCAGCCCCGCAAGCAGGCUCGGAACAACGGCAAAGGGGGAGGUGGGGGCAAGGGAGGUGGCGGUCAGGGCAACGGCAGCACAAACAGCCGUGGCGGCGCCACUGGGGAUGAGCAUGGCACCACUAAUUCGGGCGGAGCCUCUGCAGGCCGCGGAAGUCGUCCUGGCACUCUUCCGCCCUGCACCUAUGUCCGUCGCUAUGGUCCCCGGGCUGGAACACCCUGCGGGCAGACAAACCAUCCCCCUAGCACUUGCUUCAAGGCUCUCGAUGAUGCCUGGUACGCGCGGGGCAAUGUUGGCACUCCUCCCAAGUGGGGAACGAUCUCCCCACGUCCCUCCCUUGCCGACAUCCAAACCAACCCCGCUUACCUCCCUGCCCACCUCCACCUCCUUGCUCCCCCCACACCGCUCCUCAAUCUCCAACAGCAGCACAUCCUGCAGCAGCACCAGCAGCAGCAGCAACAGCAGCAGCAGCAGCUGUUUCAUCAGCAGCCACAGCAGCAGUAG